AUGACGCCUCCAGGUAUUCAGCAAAUGGGUUUGCCCGGUCAGUGCAAUGAGGAGGACUCCCUCCAGAUCCUUCAGCGCUUCUCCGAGUGGGGAGGAAACUUUAUCGACACUGCCAACUUCUACGGCAGAGGUAUCUCGGAAACUAUCUUGGGGAAAUGGCUUGAAGGGCAGCCGAGAGACAAGUACGUUAUCGCCACUAAAGUGUUUUUCGACAUGGGCUGUGAGAACAACGUGAACAACCAAGGAUUGAGUCGUCGACACAUCACUGACUCCGUCGUCAAGAGUCUGGAGCGGCUCCGUACAGACUACAUCGACCUUUAUCAGCAAAGGGGAAUUUAUUCCAUUUGCUAUUAUGUCUGUUUCAGAGGUCUUUUCUCAGGGAAGAUCAAGAGGAACUCUAGACCAACUGAAGGUCGUUUGGGCUGGGUGGCCGACAACGAAGAGGAAAGACAGCAACAGGCUCUCCCGGGCUAUUCGUCCUUCGAUGAGACUAUCUUCAAAACAUUGGAUGUCGUAGAAGCUAUCGCCAAAAAACACAGUCGGAGCGUGCCCCAGGUCGCUCUCCGCUGGCUGCUUCAAAAAGAUGUGGUCACGUCAGUGAUCAUCGGGGUUCGAACUCUGCAACAACUGGAUGACAACAUGGGCGCUGCCAACGGCUGGGCUUUGUCUCAAGAGGAGGUGAGUACACUACGGUUUUCUUCUCAAGUCAAUGGGAUGCAACAACUGGACGACGUGUCUCAGCGACCUCUGCCCUACCCCUAUGAGUUUGUCUUCAAACUGAACAAAGACCGUUACAACAGCUCGACAAGUUAUUACGUUCAGUCUCAGUACUCAUAG